AUUGUGUUUGUUAUCACCAUCACCGUGGGGUAAAAACAAUGGCGUAUGAGCUAAAUGAGCAAAAGAGAAAAUAAAAUAAAAAACGAUCCCGCUUUGCAACCCUUAAUUUUGAGUUGUUUGUCAAUCAAAACUUCGUUCCUUAAUGGUUUGACCUAUAUCCUUAGUUACAGAGUUCAUGGCUGAAAUUAUUUUAAGGCUCCAACUUAUAGUAGGGACCCAGGUUUUGAAAUCACUAAUAGAAACAUAUUUGAUGGUUGACUUGCAAUCAAAUGUUAAUGUUGGCCUACAAAUCAUGGUUGUCAAAUAGAAUCGUGCAUAUGGGAUUUAUAGGCACCCCUGAAAGUAAAAGUGAUAAUUUAAACAUGGUAUCAUAAUGAAAUAUGCUCAACGAAAUAUUUCUUUGGGGCCUGUUUGAAGUUUUCACAAGAACUGCCUUGCAUGGUAAGACUACAACUGCAAUAUGGUUUCAUCAAUGAGAUGCUUUGCCAGAAGAAUUUUCGUAGAGCCGGCUGUUAUUUCCACAGGCAAAUGCUUACAGGUGAGGCAAGACCAGUUAGCCCCAGAAACCCAUUUUGUGAAUCAUGUUAGUACUGUUGAGCUAAACUCUCACUUGAAGCAACUAGUGAAAACAGGCUUCCUAAAUGAUGCCAGGUUACUGUUCAAUAAAAUGCCCCAAAGAGAUGAGAUUUCAUGGGCCAAUAUGAUUUCUGGCUAUGUGAAUACCUUUCAAGCACCUGAGGCAUUGAGUUUAUUUUCAACUAUGUUUGUGAAGUCUGAACUGCAACUUGACCCUUUUGUGCUUAGUCUUGCUCUAAAGGCUUGUGGGCUCAGUAUGAACAUUUGUUAUGGUGAACUAUUACAUGGGUGCUCAAUAAAAUCAGGUUUGAUCAACUCAGUUUUUGUUGGUAGUAGCCUUCUUGACAUGUACACCAAAAUUGGCAAGAUUGAUAAAGGUUGUAGAGUCUUUGAACAAAUGCCAGUUAGAAACAUAGUAUCAUGGACUGCCAUUAUAACUGGGCUCGUUCAUGCUGGUUAUCAUGCAGAGGGUCUUAUUUACUUCUCUGAAAUGUGGAGGUCAAAGGUGGAAUGUGAUGCUUAUGCAUAUGCUAUUGCAUUAAAGGCUUGUGCUGAUUCGAGUUCACUAAAUCAUGGGAAGGCAAUUCACACACAAGCAUUGAAGAAAGGGUUGAAUGAAAGCUCCUUUGUAGCCAACUCUCUUUCUACUAUGUACAAUAAAUGUGGUAAAUUAGACUAUGGCUUGCAUUUGUUUGCAACAAUGAAGACACGUGAUGUGGUUUCUUGGACAACAAUUAUCACCACAUAUGUUCAGAUGGGUCAAGAGAAGAAUGCAAUUGAAGCCUUCAGAAGGAUGAAGGACUCUAGUGUGAGUCCUAAUGAGUAUACUUUUGCUGCCAUCAUCUCUGGGUGUGCCAAUCUAGCCAGAGUUGACUAUGGUGAACAGUUACAUUCUCAUGUAAUAUGUUUAGGGUUGGUGGAUUAUUUGUCAGUAACAAACUCUAUUGUCACAAUGUACUUGAAAUGUGGGCGUUUGACUUCAGCUUCAAUAAUGUUUGAAGGAAUGAGCCGAAAAGAUGUAAUUUCUUGGAGCACAAUAAUUGCUGGGUAUUGUCAAGGAGGUUAUGGAGAAGAAGCUUUUGAGUAUUUGUCAUGGAUGAGAAAGGAUGGACCGAAGCCUAAUGAAUUUGCCUUUGCUAGCUUGUUAAGUGUUUGUGGAAGCAUGGCAAUGCUCGACCAAGGGAAGCAACUGCAUGCUCAUGUCGUGUCUGUUGGGUUAGAGCAUAAACCAAUAAUACAAAGUUCUUUAAUCAAUAUGUAUUGUAAAUGUGGUAGUGUAAAAGAAGCUUCAGAAUUAUUUGAUGUGAUGGGACAAGAUGAUAUAGUGUCAUGGACAGCCAUGAUUAAUGGAUAUGCAGAACAUGGAUACAGCCAAGAAGCCAUUCAUUUGUUUGACAAGAUACAAAUGGUGGGUUUGAGACCUGACUCUGUGACCUUUGUUGGUAUUCUUGCUGCUUGUAGCCAUGCUGGAUUUGUUGAUCUGGGUUUCCGCUACUUUGAAUCAAUGCGUAAUGAAUACCAUAUCACUCCCUCCAAAGAGCACUAUGGUUGUGUCAUUGAUCUCCUUUGUCGAGCUGGACGAUUAAGCGAUUCAGAGAGAAUGAUAAGAUGUAUGCCGUUUCAGCUGGAUGAUGUUGUAUGGUCAACUCUGCUCAGAGCUUGCAGGGUUCAUGGUGAUCUGGACUGUGGAAAACGUGCUGCAGAGGAGAUUCUCAAACUAAAUCCAAAUUGUGCAGCAACUCACAUCACCUUGGCAAAUAUAUAUGCUGCCAAAGGGAAAUGGAGGGAAGCAGCAGCAAUAAGAAUGAGUUUGAAAUCAAAGGGUGUGGUUAAAGAGCCAGGAUGGUCUUGGGUAAAAAUUAAAGAUCAGAUUUCUGCAUUUGUUUCCGGUGACCGGUCUCAUCCACAAUGCGAAGAGAUAAAUAGUGUGUUGAAGCUAUUGGUUUCAGAACGGGAUACUGUAACUGAUGAAUUGGUUUCUCUGUUGAUUCAUAUUGAAGAUUAAUAAUCCCCCUUUAUAAAUUAAGGAGACCUGAUGCAGUUAUUUAUUUGGGAGCUUUAGAUCACAGACAUUUAUCAAGGGGGGAGGAGCUUGUCAUGGUAAUCAAACCAUGGUGUUGAGAAUAGAGAUCACCAUUGAUGGUUUCUUACAACUGGUCAAAUAAAUUUUGCUUUGAAU